CUUCCGGGAGGGCAGUACUUUUGGGGGCGAGCCGAUUCCUGGAUGGAGAAGUUAAUUGUGGCAUUGAUUUUAAGAUAUUUACCAUUUUAAAAGCUUCAUCAUGUUUAAACGACUACGAAAUAAGAAAGAAAAUGAAAAGACAGUACCAGUGGCUGCAGAGAAUAACGUUGCCAAGCCAUCCUCCUCUUCCACUUCCUCCCCAAGCAGAUUCUUCUCCUUUGGCAGUGGUGACAGCAACCAGGUAGAUACAGAUGCUGGAGCACAGGGUUUUAUAUGUCCACUAUGUAUGACAUCGUUGGCAUCACCAGAAGCUCUUCAGGCACAUUUUGACAAGGAGCAUGCAGAGGGUCAACCUAAAGUGGAGGAAUCCCAAGGGGAGGGGUUCCUGUGUCCUAUCUGUAAGAAGUCCCUCCCAUCACCAGAAGAGCUACAAGCCCACUUUGACUCUGCCCAUGAUGAUAAACCAGCUUUCUCAGAGAACAGAGAUGGAGAUGUUCUGGCGAUGAGACAGGAGAUCGAUGAUCUGAGAACUUCCCUAAAGGAAGAGCGCUGGUAUACAGAGCAACUCAAAACAGAAUUAGAAAAAACUGCAGAGGCAGGGUCCACACCAAAUAUACCACUGUCAGCACAGGAGCGGGCUGAGCUUGAGAUGUGUCGGUUACAACUGAGGGGUUCAGAGGAGAGCAGAACACUUUUGAGUUCUGAGGUACACCAUCUACAGUCAAAGAUAGCCGAGCUAACGGCCAACGCAGAGAAUGUUACUACAGAGCGGGAUCGCUUAAGAUCAAAGUCAGGGGAAAUGGCUGGUGACCUUGUAACAGUAAAAGCCAAAGCUGAUGAGGUUGAAGGUCAAAGGUCAGCUCUAGAGGACCAUAUCAUGACCCUGAAGCAACAAAUAGAGACGAAAACCAGCCAGAUUCAGAGUUUGGAGAUCCAGUUGGCACAAAGACCUGGAGUUGAGGAUGUAAAGGUACUGAAGGAGGAGCUCAUCUCGGUACAGACUCUAAUGGACAACAUGUCCCAGGAGACGGAGCGGAAACGGGACAACUUAGAGAGAGAGCACAAAGCACUUCAGACAAAGUUUGAAGAGUCUGAAGCAAAAGUAAAGGAUUUGGAGGCCCAGAUUGGAUCGGCCCCACGAGUGGAGGAGGUUUAUCAGUUGAAGUCCUCAGUGUCCAGUCUGGAGGGAAGUAAGGAGGAACUGACCAGCACGGUCAAGGAGAAGAUGGAGGAGAUCCAACAACUACAGGAAAAACUGAAGCAGGUAACAUCAAAGCUAGAGGAGACUGAGAAGACAACAGAGGUCAAGGACGCAGGGACUGUGAAGCUCCAAGGUGACCUUGACUCUAUCAGUGGUAACUUAGCAACCACUCAGGCCCAGCUUAAACAGAAGGAGGAAGAGUACGCACUGCUACAGUCCGACCUCAAAUUGGUUACACAGAAACUAGAAGAGGCAGAGAAGAAGACAGAAGUAAAGGACGCUGAUGUUGCUAAGCUCCAAAGUGACCUAGACUCUGUGACUGGUAACCUAGCGACCACUCAGACUCAGCUCACAGGAAAGGAUGAAGAGUGUACACAGCUUCAGUCAGAAAUCAAAUCGGAAAAGGAAAAAUUAGAGGAGGCUGAGAAAAAUAUAGAAGGCAAGGAUGCUGAGGUCGCAAAGCUUCAAGGUGACCUUGACUCUGUGAGUGAUGACCUAGCGACCACUCAGACCAAGCUAAAACAGAAAGAUGAACAGUACAGGCAGCUACAGUCAGACCUCCUGUCUGGAAAGGAACAAAGUAGCAGUAUUCAGGAACAGUUGCUUGAGAAAGCCAAUCAAAUUUCAGAUCUUCAGGUAGCCCUGGACCGGCGUGAGUCAGAAUUGACCUUGUCCAAUCAGAAUUUGGAGGAGAGCAAGGCCAAGGUCAAGGAUGUAGAGGAAGAGUUGAUGCGGACAACACAGACUGUUCAUGACAAGGAAGGCACCAUUUCUGACCUUGAGAAACAGCUCACUGAUCAAAGGUCACAAUCACAGGAACUCUUGCACCAAAAGGAGCAGAUGUGUAACAAUCUGAAGCUUGAAUUAGAAAAAGAACAGUCAAGCGGAGAGGCCCGGUCAUCAGAACUGGACGGUUUACAGCAACAGUUGUCCAGUAUGACACAACAUUACCAACAAGAGUGUACUGCUAGUGACGAGCUAAAGAUGACCUUGAGAGAAAAAGAGUCCUUACUACAGGAGGAGCAGAGAAAGGUCACUUCAAAGGAGGAGAAAAUCACAUCUCUAGAGAACCAGGUGACCGCUAAUAAAGAGGAGCUGACCAGGCUGGAGACGGAGAGGACGGACCUUAUUGCCAAGAUAGAAGCUGGAGAAGGUACAGAGACAGUCAUUGUUCAGUUAAAACAAGAAAAGGAAAUGCUACAAGACAAACUCAACAAUAUGGAGCAGACACUACAGACACUAACCACCGAUAAUGAGGUCAAAGUUGAGAGUUUACACAAACAGAUCACUGAGGUCAAAGGUCAAUUAGAGGCAUCAGAGGACAAAGGUCAGAAGUUACAGGCGAUGCUAGAUGAACGUGGAGAACAGCUGAACACUGCGCAGCAAAAGGUUCAGACACUCGAAGGAGAGGUCAAGGUCAAGGCUGAAGCUCUGCUAGGUUUAGAGGCAGCAAAGACAAGUCAGAGAGUCGACCUAGAGAACCACCUUAAGACAGCACAGAAUAUGGUGGAGGAAAAAGGGGCGGAGCUGGACAAACUCCGUCUCAAUGUCGACCAGGUACAGAAAGAUUUAGCAACUAGGAAAGAGAAAAUAGUUGCUUUGGAAACAACGCAGAAAGAACAGCUGGAAAAAUUUACUCUGUUAUCCCAGCAACACACAAGUCUAGACCGACAGCACAAAGAAAAAUUGGCAGUCCUUGAUAAGUCAGAGAAGGAGGUAAAAGAUACCAGAGAACAGCUGUCUUCUACCAAGAAAGUUCUAGAGGAGAAAACUAGAGUACUACUACAGGUCGAACAAGACCUGGAUAUGACCAAGAAAAAUAGCAAUAAAGAGAUUGGAAAAUUGAAAAGUCAGGUUGAAAAACAGACCAACGAGAUGACAGUUUUAAACCAGCAGCUAGUCACAGUGAAAUCUGACCUGGAAAAGAAGGAGAAAUCUUGCCAUGACCUUACCAAAGAAUUAGAUGUCACCAAAAAAUCUCUCACAGAAAAAACAGCUACCCUGAAGGCCCGGGAGGAGGAGAUAGCAAAGAUGGAAAAGAAACACAAAGAGGAUAUUAGUGGAUUGAAAGAAGAUUUGGAAAAGACAAAAUCUGAAGCAGUGGCCUUACAGGGGAAGCUUCAAGGGGAGUUAAAUGGAAUACAAAAGGAGAAAGAAAAACUGCUGGUAGACUGUUCUUUGUUGGAGAAAAGUGUUGAUGAGCUUAAAAAAUCUCUCACCUCGAAGGAGGAACAACUUCAAACAACAAAUGAAACAAACACUAAAGAAAAGGCGUCAUUAGAGGGCGAGCUGAAGAAAAGCAGGGACCAGCACGAAACAGACAAAAACAGUCUGACAUCAGAGUUACAUGAACUGAGGACACAACUAUCUACUGAGAGGGAGUUGGUGACUAACAAAUCCUCCGCAGAGUCAAAUCUGAAAUCUCAGGUAACCAGUUUGGAGACUGAAAAGGCAGCCUUACAGAGUCGUGCUGACAAACUGGAUACAGAGGUUACUGACCUCAAAGACAAACUCGAGCUUCAGAAGGAGCAGAUAGAUUUAAAGGAACAGCAGCUGAAGGCCAUGAUAGAAGGCAAGGUGGCCGAGUCUGAGGACCUCCAACAACAGAUGAAGAAUCUCAUAGAGAAGCAGGAAGGCUUAGAAACCAAGCUGUCAGCCACAGAAUCUAGUCUGCAUGAGCUCCAGAAUAAGCACAGUGACACUGAGGCAGAGCUUACCAAGUCCAGAGAACGUGAGACAGAGCUCAACAACUCAUUUGACGAGCUCAGUGAGGUGAGGAAUGCCAUGAAUACACAGAUGGUGGAACUGGAUAAAGAGCUGUCAGAGAGUAAGACUCGACAGGAAGAACUCUCUAAGCAGAAGGUAACCAUGGAGACGGAGCUUGUUGAACUGAGGAAGACUUGUACAGAAACAAAAGCUGCUAAUGAAUCAUAUGAAGAUGACGUCAAGCGUCUAUCCUCUCAAUUAGAGACAGAGAAAACAGGAAAGACGAAAGGAGGUUUCUGAAUUGAUGGAAGCAAAGGAAAUUCUCAUCACCCAGAAACUGGAAAUACAGAACAAAAUGAAGGAAUUCGAGGAAAGGGUAGACAAGAUUGAACAAGGAAAAGAAGAGACAGAAAG